AUGCCAGAAAAGAAGAAGAAUUUACAGUUCAUUUGGCCCAAAGAUGGUCCCAAAGGUCGUGGUCAUCGAGGAUUUCUGGGAAGGCUCAAUAACGUUGUGACGAACAAGGGUCCAGAUAUCUUUGUCGGGAAACAAGGAAGCAGAAUCAGUCCCGAUCGAUGGCAGAAUUGGGAUUCCUACCACGAUGAACGCAAGCAUAAACAAGAAGUAACCGGAGCAUUCUCAAGAGAUUUCAAAAGAUAUGAUCCACAUACACGAAAAUAUGUUGAAUGGGAACAGCCUCAAGAUUGGAACGGUUAUGGAAUCGGAAAUCAUGCAUGGGAAUAUCCACGUUUGACCCUGGACGAAUAUAACAAAAUUUACAAGACCUAUCAUCAAGGUCGGCGAAUUGAUCCUUCCACGUUCAAAGAUUGGAAUCAUAGCGGUCCUAACAGAUUCCGACAAGAAUACGAUAGCUUUUGGCAAAGUGCUCAUCGAAGAGGAGAGAAUUAUAAGUAUGGCUGGAACUAUUUGCGGGGAGCGAAUAAUCCAUGGUUAAGAAUGCAUCAACAAUGGCCUACAGAUCUUGAUACUUGGAUGGCGAUGCGUGGGAUGUGGUAG